UGAUUUUAUGAAAACAUAUCAGUCUUACAAGCCAAAUACAAAUUAAGCACUAUGCCUAUAACAAUAUCCAAUAGACUAAUAAAGAAAAAGUUAUGGAGAAUUUUAGGUUUUUUUUCAUGUAUCAUAGGACUCAUUUCAUAUGCAUUCAGCUCUUCUUUCAAUCAUCUUUUUGGAGAGUGGAACUUCUUCAAAAUCGUUAUUUACACGGCGGUAAGUUUCAUUAUCAGUAGCAUGAUGUUAUUAAUGAAAAGAUUGAAACUUUCAAGGAGAUUCUUGAUGAAAGCUCAUUUGGGUGUUCUUGUUUUGUUGCUAACAUCGUUGUACUCUUUCGUAUCUGAUAAUAAAAAUUUGAAUGGGAAACCGGACCUAUUGAGUCUGAUUUCGUGUGCAGCCUUUGCUUUAAUGUCUUUUUGCUUAUCAAGACAUAUUGAUCUUGGUUUUGAAUCCGAUCUCCUCAAUUUCUUCCUUGGAAUUUUUACUCUUCAAUUGAUGAAAGUCAAUUUGAUGCUAUCUAUUGUUGCUGCAAUCUUCUGUUAUUCACUUAUGGUUCUUCGUUCUAAUUGGGAUUCUUGCCGCAAAAUUAGAAGUUCGAGAGUGGAAAAUGGUAGCGAUCAUCGUGAUGUGGCCAUAGAAAUUGAUGUUUUGGAUAAUGGUAGCCAACAGAACCAGUCUUUAAGAUGGUUCGAUCAUAAGGAUAGGUAUAGUUGGAAAAAAUAUGAAGAGAAAUCAGCGAAAGGAAAUGAAAACCAGAGAAGCUAUUAUAAAUGUUCAUGGCCUAAUUGUAUGGUGAAGAAAAAAGUUGAGAGAAGAAUUGAUGGAGAUAUAAUUGAGACACUAUGCAAAGGUAUGCAUAAUCAUCGCUUGCCUACGACAAUAAUGAAGAGGAGUUCAUCAUCUGAAUAUCUUUAUGCACUUUUGCCUUCAGAGACUGGCCCCAUUGACUUAACAAAUCAAUCAUUUAGCAGAGAUCAAUUGGAUUUUGAUGCUGAGCAUGAAAGUUUCUUCCUAUCAAUAUGAAAUGUUGGUAAUCCAAACAGUUCGAUGGUGCCCUCAGUCGCAAACCCAUUGGUUCUGUUACAAACAGUAUCCCCUAUAUAACUGAAACUCGGACCAGCAAUGACCAAAAACAGUAUUAUCUUCAUGAACUGUAAAGUUAGAUAUCUGCAGGUAAAACAUAAAAGAUCAACUUCGAAACCAAAGCUGACACUCCAUCGACAAACCAAGUGACAUGAUACUGAAAGCAGCGCCCGAAACCAAACUGUAUAGAUCUGUGAUACGAACGCAAGUAUUGAUGAAGACCCCGUAGAGGAAGUGGAAAUCCCAAUUGCAGAUAUAAAUGAAAGUCAAAUUUUCACUAAAACCAGCUUGGAUGGAAGACUUUCUGUGGGAAUCAGAGAAUAUUCUAGAUAGUUUAUCUUUUUCUGUUAUGACAUUUCCUACUUUUAUGCAAGUUUGUUACUACUGUUUACCUUAUAUAAUAAUAUCAACCAAUUGAAGGAAGUUGGUUUGAAGGUGCAGGUUUUGAUGGAUCUAACGCCAUGGAUUGGUUUUUCAUAUUGAAGCGACUUCCAUGCCACAUCAGAACAGAACUCACUCCGUUUCACUGUGAAACGUUUGAGGGGUCAAAGACUCGCUCAAACAAAUGAGAGAGACACCACAGAUUCAACAAAAACCUUAAGGUGAUAGGUGUAUGAGUUCUCUCGCUUAUAAAGCUCAACCUUUACUUUUCUAAGCAAUGUGGAACUUAGAACUCACACUUGUUUCUCCACAUAACUCACACUUGUUUCUCAACACUCCCUCCAACAAUUACAACUCUAUUACAUCGUUUCAAUUUUAUUUUUUUGGCUCCAACCGAAUUUCCACCCACCAAUUUGUAGUAGACCAUCAAAUUCAUCUUAUUGAGGGAUCAAAACAGGUGAAUAUUCGGUUAUAUGUUAGAUAUAGGUAUGAUAAUCCUGGAUAUCUUCAAGAAUCGUGUUCGUUCACUUUCCGAACAAAGUAUUUCGACCCUAUUCUUGUCUGGGUUCACGAAAUCUUUGCGGGGAUAAUUCUCGAAGAACAAUCUGUUUCUGACAAUGGAGAACAGAUCAGAAUGUAGAGGAAGUAUGUUUUUCGUAUUCGAAACCGAGGCCAAAUGACUCCUUAUAUAGGAGAUCAACAAUAGAAACCGAAAUGACACACCUGUUCGGUAAAAACAGUUAUGUUGGUUGGGAAACGACACACCUGUUCGGUAAAACGGUUAUGUCGGUUGAAAAAGGAUGCAACUAUUCAAACGAAAAUUUCGUUCGGGGCGCUGCCCUACACCCCGCCCGCUGACCUGGCAGCGGGACCCCAGCCAGGGGCGCUGCCCCUUGGACCCCGACGGGGCGCUGCCCCGCACCCCGCCAGGGGCUCCGCCCCUUGGAACCCCGUUUCUAUUAU